CACUUGGACUCUGUUUUCUUCUUUGCUUAAUAACCUAACAAAGACUUUUUCAGACGUCAAGAAACAUGAGAGUUCGUGAACAGAGAUAGAAGAGCUGUGAAGAGACAAAAAGUGGAGAAGUCAAACGCACUUAGGUUAACAUAAUUAUGAUCGUCCAGGUAUCACGCGGUUUCGGGUUUUCAAUAUUCCUUCAUUCACAAAAACAGCUGUAUAUUUUUUCUAUUUUAUUUUAGCGUCAGCCAUUAAAGUAUACUGUUUGUAUUAUUCUAAUAUUCAGAGGGACAGAAUCCAUAAAAGCCAUUAGAUCUACCAUUAAAAGAAACAGGUCUCGGUUCAGUGACUCCUGCAAAGCGUCCACUCCAUGUGGAUUGUACAAAAAGUUCGAUAGAGAAAAGAAGAUAUUAGACUUUGGUUCUAGAUUCAACUAAUCUCUGUUUCUAUUUCUUCUGUGUUCUUCUCUGAAGCUUCCAUUUUUUUUUCUCCAACUUAAGGAAGUGCAUUAAAUUCUCAUCUCUCUAGGCACUGAUAUUGAUAAGUUAUUUACUUUAAAUGGAUAAUUCCAUGAACAAGAGAGGACAUGGACACAAUCAAGAGUAUGCAGAUACCUUGCCAGAAUCAAAGAGACAGAAGCUUCCUGCUUUGGCAAGUGUCAUCAUGGAAGCUGUCAAGGUAGAUAGUCUGCAGAGGCUAUGCUCGACUUUGGAACCAUUAUUUCGAAGAAUUGUCAGUGAAGAGGUGGAACGUGCUUUGUCGAGGUUGGAGAACUCGACAUCUACUUCAAGAUCUCCAGAACCGAAGAAGAUUCAAGGCCUCGAUGGAAAAAACCUGCAACUUCGGUUCAGAACAAGAAUGCCUCCUCAUUUAUUCACAGGUGGGAAAGUCGAGGGAGAGCAAAGCUCAGCAAUUCACGUGGUUCUUAUAGAUGCAAACACCGGAAAUAUAAUCCAAACGGGAGAAGAAUCAAUGGCAAAGCUGAAUAUUGUCGUGUUAGAUGGAGACUUCAAUGAUGAAGACGACAAAGAUUGGACGAGAGAACAUUUUGAGAGCUUUGAAGUGAAAGAACGCGAAGGAAAACGUCCCAUAUUGACUGGUGACAGACAUGUGAUACUUAAAGAAGGUGUUGGAACUCUUGGAAAACUUACUUUCACUGACAAUUCGAGUUGGAUUAGGAGCAGAAAGUUUAGACUUGGUGUAAAGGCUGCAUCGGGGUUUCACAUUCGUGAAGCUAAAACAGAGCCAUUUGCUGUUAAAGAUCACAGAGGAGAACUAUACAAGAAACAUUAUCCACCGGCUUUACAUGAUGAAGUCUGGAGAUUGGAUAAAAUCGCAAAAGAUGGAGCACUACACAAGAAGCUACUGAAAUCUAACAUCGUGACUGUUGAAGACUUCCUGCGGAUACUCAUGAAGGAUCCUCAGAAGCUAAGAAGCUCACUUGGAAGUGGUAUGUCAAAUACAAUGUGGGAUAACACGGUGGAGCACGCAAAUACCUGUGUCUUAGAUGGGAAACUUUACGUCUAUUACACAGAGCAAACACAUGCGACAGGCGUUGUCUUUAAUCAUAUAUAUGAAUUCCGAGGCCUAAUUGCCAAUGGCCACUUCUUAUCUCUGGAAUCUCUUAACCAUGACCAAAAGGUUAAGCAUUCCGCUGUAAAGCUAGCUUAUUUUUUUCUUCUUCCCUCUAGAAUCUGCAGUCUCUUGCCGGGGCCAAAAAUGGCUCAGAACCAUCAAACGCAGCAAAAGACUCUGCAGACUGCGAAUGGCUACUCACCAGUUCCUCAGCAUCUGAUAGAGUAUCCUUUUGUGCAACAACCUAGCACUCAGUUACGAGACUACACAUCGAUGGAGAGCUCUUCUGUUUCAGGCUCAUACAACGGAGGCCUUGAAGAUAUUUUCACGGAGGAAAUUCGAGGGAGGAGUUCUGAGAUGCUUGAGACCGAUGAUAUGCAGAGUUUGCUGAAGACAUUUGGGAUAUCAGGCGGGUUUGGUCAUAACGAUGAGUCCUGUUACGGUUUCAGUGAGCAGUAUAAAGCUCAGAUAGAUAAGGAUUAUGGGAGAGAAGGAGGUAGAGGCUCAGGGAAAGCUGUAGUUGGAUGGCUUAAGCUUAAAGCUGCUCUGAGAUGGGGUAUUUUUAUACGCAAGAAAGCUGCAGAGAGGAGGCCUCAAAUUGUGGAGAUCGAUUAAGAAAGAAAGUAGUAUUAAAAUUCGGAGAGCUUUUAAUUACUUUUGUACAAAUUUGAAGCAAUUACUCUUGUCUCAGUUCAAUCCCGGUCUACAGUAGGAACUUUGCAUUGUAUUUGGGAAUUUACAAAGUCUAUCACUAGUUAAUUGUUUAUCUUAAUCUUGCAGUCAGUUAAUUGUUGAGGAGUAUGUAUAUAAGUCGAAAGAUUUCUUCA